UUCGUCUUCGAGAACAAAAAAAAAAGCGCUUUUGUUAGGGUUCUUUAGAAAUUUCUCGACGACGAUCGAGGUUUUAGACCCUCAGAGAGAUGGAACUCAAACGGACAGAUGGUGUUAUGCGUCGCAUCCGUCCAUCAUCGUUCACAUACUAUCCAUACGCCACGGGAACGUCCUCUGGGAAAGAGCACAUUAGAGAGGAGCUUGUACGACUAGGAGUUGAGCUCUCAGUCUCUGUUGCUGAAUCCAUGUUCUUGCUCUGUGAUGACAUUCAUACCAUGUUGUGGUUCUGCUUUAAGCUGUGGAAAUAUACAUUACCUCCCUCUGAUCCUGUUUCAGAAAGGCUGCUUCGCGUUUUUCACUAUGUCUACUCAAAGGACAUCAAACCCAAGAACACGCCGGUUUGUUGUCCGGAUGGUGGCAACUCGGUCCAAUGGGAAUUCGUCAAGAAAACUUGGAAGGAUUUUACCGACGGGAUCAUUGUUAUGAAUCGCCUUGUUUUGCUUCUCAGGAAGAAAGAUUGCUCUUUCGAUGAUCGGCUCUUAUCUUCCGCCGUUGAAAAUUACAAGCAACAAGUUCUCAAGAAGCUAGAGGACAAAUUGGUGUCCGCAAAAGAUGUUUCAGAGCUGAAUGGUUUUGCCAGGGAGACUGUUGCGUCUAACGUUUCUGACCUGUGGAAGUCUCUCUUUGACGACGAAGAUGCUGCUGGCGAACCAAGUCCAGAAGUGACAAGGAAUAGGAUUCUUACCGACCUGUUUCAGCCUAUUUUGGAGGAUUCCUGCCAUUGCGAGAUACCGUCACUGCCAGUUACUUCUCCUUUUUUUUUUUUUUGAAAUUAUGUGAAUUUCAUUAAACCGAAAGUUUGUU